CCAGCCCCAUCCGCAUCCCCCGCCGUCGCCGUCGCCUGCUCACUCGUCUCUGCAGGCUCCUCAUCCACAGCAUCCACCGCCGUAUCAGAAUCAUCACCAAUACCAACAAUACCAACAACACCAGCAAAACCCGAACCCGCACCCGAACCCGGGCACGAUCCGUAUCCCCAUGUUGGCCUCCGUCAACCAGCAGAACAAGAACCAGUUCCAUCUCCAGCAACAGCAACAGCAGCAGCAGCAGCAACAACAACAACAACAGCAGCAGCAGCAGCAACAACAGCAGCAGCAACAACAGCAACAGGGAGGACCGCAGAACGGCAAUGAUAUCCCACCGCCGCCGUUGAACGGACAGGACUUUACGCUGUCGAAUGUGUUGCAUUUCUUGCAGUCGGAGUGGAGGAGGUAUGAGCGGGACAGAAAUGAGUGGGAGAUUGAACGUGCGGAGAUGAGGGCACGGAUCGCGCUGCUCGAGGGCGAGCGGAGGUCGUUUGAGAAUAUCAAGGUCGACCUUAUGCGCCGUAUCAAAAUGCUCGAAUACGCACUUCGCAUCGAACGUUCCAAACAACUCUCCCAACCCUCCCAAGCCCCGAAACACGCAUCAGCACCCAACGCAACCGCCCAAAGCGCAGGCGCACAAUCCCAAAAGGACGAGGUGUUGAGCCAUAAAGAAGGCAGCAGCGGGAGUUCGCCACGCAGUGAAGAUUCUCCCCUCCCCGAGCCCCGGAUACCCAACGGUGCCACCACCGGCGGACCCGGCAGCGUAGGCGGCGGCGGCGGCGGCGGCGCUUCUGGUGCUGGUGCUGGUGGACCUGCAGGAGGCGGUCGACCCCUCACAUGGGCAGGCACUGCGACCUCGAACUGGCAGGGCACCACAGGGACGGGCACAGGUGGACCCGCGGCUGCGAUCGCUGCGUCUGCGUUGGGGAAGCCGCCGCCGGGGAGGGACCCGAAGAGUCGGGCGAGGAGUAGGGAUUAUUUGAAGCAAUGCCUUCAAGAGAUCUCAUACCUCACCUCCCACCAAGCAAUGAACCCCCUCCCGACCCGACAACUCCUCUCCAACCCAACAUCCACCAACAACAACAAUAACCCCAACGGUCCCCCUCCACCCCCUAAUCCCACGCACCCCAACGCGUCGAACACGUCCCUCAGUCUUCCGAACGUUCCUUCGUUCGACUCGAUUGGUGCUGCAGGGAUGGGAGGCGCAGGGGGGAUGGGUGGAGGAGCAGGUGCUGGAGGAAUGGGAAUGAAUCCGUACGCGACGAGGCCAAGGAAGAUCAUGCCUGACGUCGGCGGUGGCGUCGGAAAAGAGUUCCCACUGAUGAACGGCGCCAGUCUUCCCGGGCCUUUGGGCAUCGGGGGAGGGCCGGGGAGUGUGGGGCCUGGACAGAGUAUGAUCCAACAGCAGCAGGGACCGGGGUCGGCGCCUGCGACGGGGGGACCGCAGAUUCCGAUGUUGGAUAGGGGGUUGACGACGGGUGGGGCGAAUCAUCAGGGGGUGGUUCAGCAACAACAACAAGGACAGCAGCAGCAAGGACAACAACAAGGACAGGGACAGCCGGCGUCUGGGCCAGGUGCUGGACAGGAGGGUGGGGAUUUGAGUGCGGCGAAUACGACGAUUUCGAGGGAAGGUGGGCCGGCAGGAGGAGGAGGAGGAGGGCAAGGAGUGGGCGCGGGAGCGUUCGAUGCGCAGAGUGUCCCUACGGCUAUUUUCCGCCCGGAGGGGAAUUGGAAGGAACAGUUGAGGCUUUCGCAUGAGGCGGAUCAGGCAACGCGGGCGCGGGUGCGGGUGCAGGGGUGGGAUUCGGGGAGUAGUGCCGGGAUGGGUGAAGGCGAGGGUGAGGAGGGUGAAGGGGAGGGCGAGGAGGAGGAGGAGGAGGAAGGGGAGGGAGAGAGUGAGGUUGGGGUGGGGAGUGAGGCGGAGGAGGGAGAGGAGGUGCAGGAUGGGAAGGUGUGGAAGGCGAAGAGGACGUUGAGGAAUCACCUAGACGCCGUGCGCGCGAUCGCGUUCCACCCGACCGAACUCUGCCUCGCAACAGGCGGUGACGACUGCACGGUCAAAAUAUGGCGCAUGGACGUCGCCGGCCUCGCUUCUUCCGCCACCCGCGCCAUAACCGAAGUCGAACCCCAACUGACCCUCCGCGGCCACUCCGCCGCCAUAACCCGCCUGAUCAUCUCCCCCUCCAAACAGCUCCUCUACUCCGCCUCUCUCGACUCGACCGUCCGCGUCUGGGCGCUCCCCCCUCCGUCGCACACGACCUACGCGCCCUUCGACGUCUCGAGGCUCAGGGGAGAGUUGAUCGGACAUACGGACGCGGUGUGGGAUUUGGCGCUCGUGAGGGAUGAGAGUACGUUGAUUAGUUGUGGGGCGGAGGGGAGUGUUAAGGUUUGGGAUGUAGGGAGAGCGGGGGGGAGGGAGGGGGCGAGGUUGAGGGUUGGGUGGAUGUAUGGGGGGUUGAAGGAGGAGAGGGUGGAGGGUGAGGGCGAGGGCGCAGGGGAAGGGGAAGAAGAGGAGAAGGGCGAGACUGAUGGGGAUGAGGAUGAGGAUGUGGAGAAGGAUGAGGGAGAUGAGGUGCCGGGGGCGACGGCGGUGGAGGCGAUCAAGGUGGAUUUGAAGAAGGUGGCGGUGGCGUAUACGAAUGGGGUGAUCAAGAUAUUCGAUAUCGAGGAUGGGAGAGAGUUGAUGAGGUUGUCGGGCGGGGCGAGUGAGGCGGAUGAUGAAGCGUCGUGGGGACAAGCGAACAGUAUCGUUUCGCAUCCGACGAUGCCGAUACUCAUCACUGCUCACGAAGACAAGCGCAUCCGGAUGUUCGACAUCAUCACCGGUCAAUGCACCCACUCCAUGCCCGCCCACCUCGACGGCGUCACCUCGCUCUCCAUCGACCCCUCCGGCUUCUCGCUCGUCUCCGGCGGCCACGACUGCUCCGUCCGCUUCUGGGACAUCCUCGGCUCGCGCGCGUGCGUGCAGGAGAUCUCGAGCCAUCGGGAGAAGGCGGAGGAGGGCGUGUUGGACGUGAUGUUCCAUGCGAGUUUGCCGUUUAUGGCGAGUGCGGGGGCGGAUGGGGUGGUUAAGCUUUAUGCGUCGUCGUGAGUUGUGAGGUGAUGAGUGGGAGGGAAAAGGGAGAGAUGAGAGGGCGGGAUUUUUCUUGGAGUGGAGUGGAGUAGAUACCUUUUUCUUUUUAAUUAUUUUUCUUGUGUUCUUACUCGGUCUGCUCUUGUUCGUCUUCGAUAUCCUAUGUUCAUCGUGUUACGCGGAACGUCGAAAAUCACUCUUGG